AUGUUUGCCCUCAAGCCCCAGACUGCCACCAAGGUCCUCUUCCAGACCGCAUGCUCCACCCCCCUCAAGGCUGUGGGGCAGCAGCUUGGAGCCGUGGGCAAGACGUGUCUUCUCAUCAGCUAUACCACCAAUGCCUUCCCUGGAGAAUACAUCCCCACUGUGUUUGACAACUAUUCAGCCAAUGUGAUGGUGGACAGUAAGCCUGUGAAUCUGGGGCUGUGGGACACUGCAGGCCAGGAAGACUAUGACCGUCUCCGGCCGCUCUCCUACCCGCAGACGGAUGUAUUCCUCAUCUGCUUCUCGCUCGUCAGCCCAGCCUCCUAUGAGAAUGUCCGAGCCAAGUGGUACCCCGAGGUACGGCACCACUGCCCCAGCACGCCCAUCAUCCUGGUGGGUACCAAGCUGGACCUGCGAGAUGACAAGGACACCAUUGAGAAGCUGAAGGAGAAGAAGCUGGCUCCCAUCACCUACCCGCAGGGCCUGGCACUGGCCAAGGAUAUUG